GAUACAUUGUAACUUUUUGCCUCCCCCCCGCCCUUUCGGUUACUUUCACGCCAGAGCGCGGAGCGGCGGCGGCGGCGGACGCGGCCGGUUCGGCGGGUUCGGCCCCCAAAGACAAGGGGGGGAAAGAAAAGGGGAAAGAAAAGCGCCUUCUGCCCCUUCCCCCGCCCCCUCGCCGCUGCCUCCCGGGCUCCGCACCCCACCCCCCGCCCUGAAAAACAACGCACAAAAAAAGAAACCCAACAAAAAGAGAGAGAAAGAAAGGAAGAAAGGAGGGAGGCAGCGCCGCUUCCAUUUAACUCCCUUGCACACACGCACGCAGUCCCUCCUCCCGCGGACCGCGUCUCCCACCUCCUCGCGAGCAGCCGCAGGAAAGGAGAGAUUUUUAUUUCAUUUUUAAAACUGCCGGAGGGAUCAAGUCGGUGCAAACUCCGCUCUCCCGUGGGAAGGAUCGCUCCCCCCUCGCUCUUCCCUCCCACCGCAACCUCCUCCAAGACCUCGCGAGGAAGACUUGGCGGAGCGGCGCCGGAGUUACUCGCGGACAUUUAACCGGAGCGAGGGCGAGGAAGCCGGUCCCCCAGCGCCGUGUGCGUCGGCGAAUGGACCCGCAGCCCAGCGCCAGGAGCUGCAGCCGGGGAGCGGCCGCCUGCGAGCUGCUGCCGAACGAGCCCUCCAUGAACCUCUGCAUCAACACCACCACGGGCACCCGCUAUGAGCUCUGCGUGCCCGCCGACGAGACCGUGGAGGGGCUGAAGAGGCGCCUCUCGCAGCGCCUCAAAGUGCCCAAGGAGCGGCUGGCGCUCCUGCACAAAGAGAGCCGCCUCAGCUCUGGAAAGCUGCAGGACCUGGGGGUCGUGGAAGGAAGCAAGCUGACCCUGGUGCCCACCGUGGAGGCCGGCUUGAUGUCCCAGGCGUCCAGGCCAGAGCAGUCGGUGAUGCAAGCCCUGGAAAGCUUAACUGAAACUCAGGUCAACGACUUCUUGUCGGGCCGGUCCCCGCUGACGCUGGCGCUGCGGGUCGGCGACCACAUGAUGUUCGUGCAGCUGCAGCUGGCGGCUCAGCAGAGCAGCGGGCAGCUGCAGCACCGGCACGUCAUCGCCAGCCGGGGCGAGGCGGGCGCCGCCGCCAGCCCCCACUGCCGCGCGCUGCACGGCGGCACCGGCGCCGGCUUCGCCCGCGUCCCCGUGGUGCCCGCCUGCCAGCAGAGCCCCGCGCCCCCCGCGCCCGCCGCCCCCGUCUACUGUAACGCCCCCCACGCCGCUCCCGUCGCCGCCGGCAUGUUCCGCUCGCACGGGGCCAGCACGCAAGCUGUCAACAGCAGCGUCGUCUCCUCCUGCUCGGAGGUGGAGUGCGGCUCGCGCAGCGGCAGCUCCCCGGGCAGCAGUCCCGCCCCGACGCCCCGAUCCCGCAAGCCCGGCGCCGUCAUCGAGAGCUUCGUCAACCACGCGCCCGGGGUCUUCUCAGGGACCUUCUCCGGCACUUUGCACCCCAACUGCCAGGACAGCAGCGGGCGGCCGCGGCGGGACAUCGGCACCAUCCUGCAGAUCCUGAACGACCUCCUCAGCGCCACGCGACACUACCAGGGCAUGCCGCAGUCCCUGACGCAGCUCCGCUGCCAGACGCAGUUCUCCUCCUCCUCGGCCCCCUCGUCCCCCGACCUCGCCACCAAAGCUACCUCAGAGACCCCGCCGGCGGCCGCGGCCUCCCCCCCCCUGCACCCCCUCGUCCAGUGCCAAAGCCAGAUCCGCAUGUGCAAGCCCAGCGGGGACCGGCUGCGGCAGACGGAGAACCGGGCGACGCGCUGCAAGGUGGAGCGCCUGCAGCUGCUGAUGCAGCAGAAGCGGCUGCGCCGGAAGGCGCGCCGGGACGCCCGGGCCCCCUACCACUGGCUGCCCAACCGCAAGUCCAGCCGCACCAACAGCAACAGCAGCGUCUCCAGCGAGGGCAGCCUGGACCUGGACUUCGAGGACUCGGUGUGGAAGCCCGAGGUCAAGGCGGACAUGAAAUCCGAGUUCGUUGUAGCAUAGAGCUGCGCCGGGGCCGCGGACUCUGCCGCCCGGCUGCCGGCGUCGCGACUCCCGUCUCCACGGGCCAGAUCUCCUCCAGACGCGCCGUCCCCCGCGGCGGCUGCCCCGGGCCGUGCCCGGCGGCCGCGGACCCCCCCGCCUUGGCUUUACCUUUACCGGGGAGGCGCGGGAGCCGGCGCGGGGGCCGCGGCACCGCCGGCCGGCACGGCGGGACCCGGCGCGGCGGGGCCGAAGCUGCUUUUUUGGCUGUGAAGACGAGGCCGGGGCGGGGGGGCUCUGCCCCGGCCCCCCCCGGCGCCCGGCCGUCCCUUUUCCUUCCCUUCUAUAUGUAGCAUUGCCGGCGGCGGCGCCCGGCCCGGCCCCGCGUGCACUUUACGGGGCCGCGCCGGGGUCCUGCACCCGCCGCGGCGGCGAGAGCGGUCUGGGGGCUGCGGGGGGGUAUUUUUAUUUUUGUUUUUGGAGGGAGAAGAGAGGGCCCCCCCCGCGGCGGAGACCAGCCCUGGGGGCCGCCGAAGCCCUGCCGCCCGCCGGGUGGCUGGUUGGAGUUUUUUGUUUUGUUUUGUUUUUUUUAACUUAAAAAAGAGGAAAAAAAAAGAUUAAAAAAAUAAUGAAUAAAUAAACCCAGUACUCGGUCAUGGCUGUCUGCAAGCCGUGGGGCUAAUAUUUAUAGACAUUAAUUACCCGACUGAGCCAAUACUGACAUAGUCUUGCAUAGGCCGUAGAAAUCCUUUUUCUUGUCCGACUUUGAUUUUUUCGUCAGGAGAUCUGUGCAAAUAGAAAACCCACGUGAUGUGUUUUUUGUCUGUAAAA